UGCCGUCUUAUUCCCCUCGCCGAGACGGUGAAGAAGCUCAGUGCGGUUUGCAUGGAGUGCCACUCCCGCUCUGCCUCCUUCACGUACCGCACUGUGUCCUCUGAGAAGCGGGAGCUCAUCGGUGGUGCUGACAUGUACAUUGCCGCCUGCAGAAGAUGCUUCAUCAGUAAGUCGCGAAAGCGGGCGCGGGCGGAGGCGGCCAGCUGCUCGGCGGAUAAACUGGAGGACGCUCCGCAAGACCUGGAGGCGGAGAAGCAGGAGGGCGUACUGCAAGACCAGGAGGCGGAACCAAGGACACCUUCAACAACGGAGGCGGGGGCGGCGGGAUUCCCGUCGCCGCUCAAAAUCGAUACAAAGGCCCCAGACGACGACAAGCACUGCACACCAAAGGAACGGCUUACGUGUGACUAA